AUUAUUAUUAUUUCUUUCUUACUAUCAUUAUUAUUAUCAUUUGAUUGAUUCAUCAUGGACUCUCAAUUCGAGAAAGAGGAAGACACCACAAAUCAGUUUGACUCUGAUACUGUGACAAUCAACAAGUUCAUCUUCUGUACACGCCAUGGCAAAGAAGUCUGUGACAAGUGUCCUACAGACAACCGGAAUUGCAACAAUGAAACUAUCGGCGAUGUACUUGAAAGGCUUACCAAAGAAGAACGCGAAACCAAAUGGAAAGGCGAUGACCGCGAUCCAUUUGUUAUCUCCCACAAAUGGGUUCGCUACAACGGAAAGCCUGCCUGCACUGCCCACAGAGAGGUUGGCUGCAACGAGUGCUUUAACUGGGGAGAGCAGAUCUAUAAGGGUAUUCAUGGUGGCCGAAAGCCGAGAGUGUCUCGCUUGGCCAACAAAAAGAAUCGAGAAAACAAAGAUGUACUUAGUUGAUCUUGCUAUCUUACUAUAUAUCAUUUGCUUCCAGUCUACACGAGUCAACCCUUUAUUAUAAAAUCCUUUUUCUCUUUCUCAUUAUGUUUAAAUUUGUCAAUAAAACCCCUCUCUAUUUUGUCCAUG